AAGGCUGGUAGCACAGGCCUGCUCGCCGUUGAAGGCGGCAACGUGCACCUCGCAGACGUAACGGUCGGUGGCCAAGAAUUCGCCGUGGUUAUCGACACUGGCAGUGCUGAUCCCUGGCUCGCGCCCACCGACUUCCGCUGCUUCGACGUGGAGUCCGGCACUCAAGUUGAAGAAGCAACGUGCGAGUUCGGACCUCUGUACAAUCGCUCUCGCUCCACCACAUACCGCCCCAUCACCAAUCAAAACUUCAACAUCUCCUACGCCGACGGCGAGUACCUCUACGGCUCGCUCGGCACCGAAACGAUGGAGAUGGCCGGUAUCGUGGUGACCAACCAGACCUUCGCGACCGUCGACGUCGCAGCCUGGUACGGCGACUUGACCUCCUCAGGCCUCUUCGGCUUCGCCUACCGCAGCCUGACCUCCGCCUACCGCGGCGCCACCGGCAAGAAUGCCGGCCGCGUCCUCUACAACCCCAUCUUCGUCAACAUGUACACCAACUCCGACGUCGCGCCCGUCUUCGCCAUCGCCUUGGACAGAGACAUCUCCGCCGGCGGCGUCAUCUCCCUCGGCGGCGUGCCCAACGCCCCAACAGGCCGCUAUCAAGCCCGAACCCGCGUCAUCCCAGCUCAAGUCAAUGGUCCCGGCGGCCUUCCCGUCUACGAAUUCUACACCAUCGACAUCGACGGCUUCGCCAUUUCCGACCGUCAAAACGCCCGCUUCACCAGCGCCGUACCCAAUCUCAACCCGGCCAGAACACCGUUACAGUCUCCUCAAACGGAUGUCAUCGUCGACUCCGGCACCACUUUGAUCUACGCGCCCAACACCGUCGCCGUGGCCGUCGCCGCCGCGUUCUCCCCAGCAGCGUACUACGAUCCUGACUACGACAUCUACCGCGUUGACUGCGGCUCCAAAGCUCCCGUGUUCGGCGUGAGCAUCGGUGGCAAAGUCUUCUUCGUCAAUCCCUUGGAUUUGAUCGUCAACCUUGGACAAGACGAGAACGGAGUCGGGUUCUGCGUCAUGGGCGUGCAGGGCGCUGGAGAGGGGCUGAGUAUUCUCGGAGGCGUGUUCAUGAAGAAUGUGUUGAGUGUGUUUGACGUGGGAAGUCAAGAGAUGAGGUUCUCGGCCCGGCAGUUCUAUAAUUUGUCGAGAUGA